AUGGAGCCAGCUUAUACCAGUACAAAACCCAGCAACAGCUGCUUCAGAAAGUGGCCUAUAUUGUGGCCUAUGCUGAUCAGCAGUGGCGGGGAGGAGUCCUAUCAAACCGAGGAUGAGCAGGCCAAUGCUGUCGACACGAUUUCCAGCCCACGUGCCGACCAGGCCGUAGAGAAAAUGUCGCUGCGGAGAAAGUUACCAUCGAUUGUUGACAUCAAGAAGUGUAUACCACCAAGUUGUUUCAAGUCAAGCACCCCACUGUCUGUCUACUACAUGAUCAGAGAUUUCCUCAUCAUCGUCUUCCUCUACAUUCUCAUAGAGAUGACAUGGCAACACCUACCUUACGCUGUGCAGCUGUUGGUGACACCGGCAUACUGGCUGCUGCAGGGGACCAUGUUGAUGGCUGUGUUUGUGGUCGGUCACGAUGCCGGGCAUGGGUCAUUCUCCACCUCGGAGAUGGUCAACACCAUUUGUGGCAACAUUUGUCACACGAUCGUCUGCUGUCCGUACUACAUGUGGAAGCUCUCCCACCGCAACCAUCACAAGCAUACAGGCAACAUCGACAAGGAUGAGGUGUUUUACCCAGUCCGGGAGAAAGACAACACUCACACUCACAUGGCACCUGGGUUCGGUUUGGGCAUCGGUUGGUUCUUGUAUCUGGCUCACGGCUACAGACAUCGAGUGGUUCAGCACUUUAACCCCCUGGAUCCAAUGUUCCACAGCCAUGUUAUCAACUGCACCAUCUCACUAGGAUGUCUAAUAUGUUGGUGGAUGCUACUAGCUCGUGCCACUGAAUCAUGUGGUUGGACUGCCCUCUGCUACCACUACUUGCUGCCUGAAUUGAUUUUUGGCACAUACCUGGUGAUCAUCACAUUCCUGCACCACCACAGCGAGGGAGUUCCCUGGUACGGGGACAGUGUAUGGAACAAUGUACGUGGUCAGCUGUCCACUGUGGACCGUUCGUACGGCUGGUGUCACUACCUCAUUCAUAACAUUGGAACACAUCAGAUUCACCACUUGUUUCCCAAGAUCCCUCACUACCAUUUAGAGGCAGCAACAGAAUCAUUUCGCAAGGCAUACCCAGAGCUAGUCGUUGUUCGCAAUGAGAACAUCCUCAUGGCCUUCUAUAGAAUGUUUCAGAAGUUUGACAGACAGAGUAACAUUGCUGACAACACGCUGGUUCAUGUAUACCAGUGA